AUGACCACCUACAUCCCCGCCAUCACAUUGCCUUCGGCCGUGUUCCAGAAUCCGGCUUCGUCGAUUCUCCUCCCCAUUGCGCUGGGCACCGCCGUUGGCUUCGGCACUCGACCUUCCAAGACGCAAAAGACAUAUCUUGCCUUGAAGCAGCCUCCUUUAAACCCCCCGCCAUGGGUGUUUGGACCCGUCUGGACAGUCCUUUAUGGACUCAUGGGAUAUGCCGCCUACCGUGCCACUAACAUCGGCCUCGCCCCGUUGUCUACGCCGCAGACCAUCCAGACAACAAAGCAUAGCAUGACCAUUUACACUGUUCAACUUGGCCUCAACCUCGUCUGGAUGCCACUCUUCUUUGUCGCCAAGCGCCCGGUUGAAGCUACCGUUGAUCUUGUUGCCCUGUUGGGACUCAACGGCUACCUGGCCUACCUAUGGGGAUCCGUGGACUCUGUUACGGGCUGGUGCCAGGCUCCUUACUUGGCAUGGCUGAGCUUUGCCACAUACUUGAGUUAUGGAGCGGGAUAUUUGAAUGAUUGGAACCUGGAAGACACAGAGACUGUUAGAGAGGAGGAGAAGCUGUAA